GUCUACAACCAACAAGCAAGCGCGCUUAUUUAACCAGGUUCAGCCAGGAUUCUGCUUUACGGUGGCUGAAUUUAGAGGUACUGUUGUAAUUCAAAUCGUUUAAAUAUAUCAUAUGCAGUUUUUAUGAAGACUCUUUGAAAUUUAUGUAUCUGAAAUGCUAAUUGGUCAAGCAAGGAAUUGAGAUUUCAUGGUUUUCGGCGGCUGGGUCGGAUAACUUUAAUCUCGGCUUCAAUUUUUUCAAUAAUAAAGCGCUUCUCAACCAACAAUAUUCCGUAUCUCAUACCAACAUUUGUUAUGCCUGCACUUUUUUUUAUAAUUUCCCCUUAAAGCCACACAAGCACAUGUGUUUCACCUGUGUUGAACUCCAGAGCUUGUCCCCAAUGCCCUCGCGGGUCUUACCUGCGCAGGAGGGCAGAGAGCUCAGUACAUCGGAUGGGCACGGCGAUAGCCGCCGGAACCUGCAGGCUACGGAGCCUGGGGCCAAUGCAGCUGUGGAACGUGGUGGGAUCCGGUCGGUCCGUGUUGUCUGGGCUGGCUUCCUCUCGAGCGAGGCUUCGACCCCCGUGCGCAUAUCCAGUUACACGCGUGAGGAGCACAACGUCGAAAAGGUCGUUCCACUCGAGCCCUCCCUCUCUAUCCGAACGUCGCAUAUCGUAUCGCAUUGCCGCGUCCGCCUCCGGGAAAGGUCAAAAACUCUCUCCUGCGAAAAAUGUCAUUAGCUUUAACCCGGAGGAGCAAGCCGCUCUUGGCUUGCAGACCGGGACAACUGCUUUGGCUCGGAAAAUGUCCCGGUUUGAUAGUGGAGAGGAUGCCUUCUUUGUGAGCAAGGUGAAUGAUGAACCCAGCGCUGUCGCUUUUGGCGUGGCAGAUGGUGUAGGAGGUUGGUCCGAAUCUGGAGUGGACCCGGCAGAUUUCUCUCAUGCUCUUUGCAGCAACAUGGCCCAAGCCGCGUUGGAGUGGAAUUCAAAAUUAGAAAAAGUGAGGCCUAGGGCUCUAAUGCAGGCCGGUUAUGAGAGAUGCAAAGCAGAUCAGUCUAUUUUUGCGGGUGGAAGUACCGCUAGCAUCGGCAUUGCCCAUAAUGAUGGCAGGGUGGAACUUGCGAAUCUCGGAGAUUCAGGGUCAAUUCUUUGCCGACUUGCAGCCAUUCAUCAUUACUCCGUUCCUCAAACGCACGAUUUCAAUACUCCGUACCAGCUCACCUUGGUCCCACCAAUCAUGCGAAUCCAAUCGUCAAUAUUCGGGGGUCGAGUCUUCGAGGACCUCCCCCACCACGCGAGCGUAACCAAUUUGAAAAUGCAACAUGGUGACGUGCUCAUUCUUGCCACCGACGGGGUCCUAGACAACCUUUUCAACCAAGACAUUUUAAAUAGCAUAACAGACCAAAUGAUAACCGCUGGCGCUUGGAAUGUUACUUCGGAGUCGGGGAUUCGCGUUGCCGCUGAUCUCGAUAAAUUCACUCAUGAAGGCGGCCUUAUCCCAGAGCCCAGGGUCUCGUCCACCUUGGCGAACGAUCCCCAAUCUCAGCAACCAAGAUCUAACGCUCAAACACGGCACCUUCCCUUACAAAGCCUCCUCGCUCUUACAGUCGUUCGGCAGGCCAAAGUUGCCAGCAUGGAUCGUCACAGGGACGGACCCUUUGCGAAACAGGCCCAGAGAUAUUAUCCAUGGGAUAGAUGGAGAGGUGGUAAAAUCGAUGAUAUCUGCGUAAUUGUCGUUGUUGCGGUGGAGGAAGGGAGAGCAGAAUCAUGACAAAAAUUCCAACUCGACCUCCAUGCCGGCGCGGAGAGUAAAAUUUGAAAAGAGGACGGUUCAUGAAGUGUAGAUUUGAGACGCCCCGUUGGUCGCCAUAUCCAUACAGCAACGGAGCCAGAUAGAAGAGAAAAAGCAAAAGGACACCAAUCAAUCUUCAGGACAAUUUCCGUUUUCAUGCCCCGAAUACUUUCAAAAGUCUUGUCAACAGAACUGUUUUGGCACGUACAAUAAAUAACGGCGAAAAAAAGGAGGUGCCAACUCAUAUGCUCCGGAUUUCCAGCCUAACAACCCCAUAUCUAUGCAUGCUUCGGCAUCCUCGCACUUGUUGAAUCAAUUUUGGAUGCCACUCACAAACCAAUAUUUUCUACUGCUACAUGCGGCUAUGCCUGAUUAUAUAUCCCCUAUAGACGUGUACAUAAGCGACAUAUUCUGUACAUAUUCACAUGUUUUGAAUGUCAAAUGACCAUAGCAGACUGCUAUGAGAGGUUAUUAACUAGAUUUCUUUAAUUACGUAUUCUGUUAGAUUAUUAACGGUCUAUCUUGUUAUAGUUAGCAGUUAUAUAGCGAUACUAUAAAUUUUCUGUGAGGGCUUCAGAUCUCAGGUUUGAAUAUAGUAGUAGCCCCCCAUUAAUUUUCAGUGUAGUAGUUGUAGUUGUAGAGAUAUCUUGACUAUCUAUAAAUCUCGUAAUAUAAUGAUAAAGUAAAAAACGAUCUAGA